UGCUGUCAACUGCAAUCAAUAUAACCAAACAUAAUGGUUUCAUGCAUUUUUCCGUGCUCGCAUGUGUUUACUGUUUAUUUAUAACAACUGCAUUUAUUCAGUAGACAUUUAGAAAUGGAUGUAGAAACAAAGGAGGCUUUACAAAACGAAUUAAGGCCGUCGAAAAGCGGGGAGGUACAAUUACCUUCCUUAAAUAAGUAUGGUCAUAUAAAGAAUAAGCAUCUAAGAAAUCAGAGAUAUCACAAGUUAAAACAAGAAAAAAAGAAGCUAAAGAAACGAGAAAAAGCUGAAAGAAAAAGUAAAGGAGAACCAGCAAGAAUUCCACAUACAAUAGAAAGUUUAAGGGAAAAAGAUGAAACUGUUAUAGGAGACUUAACAUCUCAAGAAAAUGAAGUGAUUGCUACUGAUUUAGAACAAGAUGAAUUUAGCGGAUAUUAUAAAAAAGCGUAUGAACCAAAAGUAUUGAUUACAUAUUCUGAUAAUCCUACUAAAAAAACUAGAAUAUUUGGAAGAGAACUCACCAGGAUAAUUCCGAAUUCUACUUCACUUUACCGUAACAGGUCUGGAGUAAAAAAAAUUGUUAAAAGUGCAAAUAAAGAAAAUUUUACAGAUAUUUUAAUUGUAAACGAAAAUCGCAAGGAACCUAAUGGUCUUUUAGUGAUACAUUUACCAGAUGGUCCAACUGCUUACUUUAGAAUUAGUAAUGUUAGAAUAACAACCGAAAUGAGAAAAAGUCAUAAAAAUAUUACAGAGCAUCGACCUGAGGUUAUUUUAAACAAUUUUACCACUAGAUUAGGAUUAACCAUCGGGCGUAUGUUGUGUGCUCUUUUCCAUUAUACUCCAGAGUUUGAAGGAAAAAGAGUUGUGACAUUUCAUAAUCAAAGGGAUUACAUUUUCUUUAGGCACUAUAUGUACACCUUUACGCCUGAAGGUAAAAAAGCUAGAUUAAAAGAAUUGGGGCCUCGCUUUACUUUAAAACUUAAAUCACUACAGAAGGGAACGUUUGAUAGUAAAUAUGGUCAAUAUGAAUGGAUAAUUGAGGGAAGACGGCAUUCAAUGGAAACAAGCAGAAGAAAAUUCUUUUUAUAAUUAUGUUUAUUUUCAAUUAAUUAAGCUGAGUGACUAUGUGCAUGUAAAAUUAUAAAAUUAAUGUAAUUUAACAUUUGGAAAAAUAAAUGUGGCAUAAUUUAUGAUUAA